AUGGUGAAAUCAUACCGACAAUCUGGGCGAAUCACUGCUAUUCGCCGUCACAUAGAAGCUCAGUACGAGGCUAUAACGCGGGCGCAGCAAGAGGCUCAGCAGCUCGCAGGACAACUCGUGGAGGAAGUUGACGAUGAUACUAAACUAUCAGAUACUAUUGGUAGUAUAGAGCCAUCGUCUAAGCGUCCAAUGCUUGAUGAUAGCGACGAGGAUGAUAUGGGAAUGUUAUUCGAAGAUGCCACUGAAGAAGACCUUAGGUUUAAUAGCUUCGAAGCCAUACUCGGGGGUACGCAGGCCAUGCUAGCAAGCGAGCUUAAUGAGACGAUGCCUACCCUGGAUGACCGUCGUGAACUUGCUGAAUACCAGUUCCCGGCAGAGGAUAUCGAGGAUUUAACGCCUGUUGCUAACGAUAUCGAAUCCGAUGAAGAGACCGCUACUAUUAGUAGUCAGACGGUGGCUACCACGGAGACAAGUCAAGUUACCCAAGAAGCUCCUCACCCCUUCGCCGCCAACUCCAAGUAUUUUAUUCCUUCAGAUACCUCUCUACCUCUGCCACGCAGGAUUGCCACCCAGCCAAUGACUGACUUCGCCCUUGCAAUGGGCACAUGGGUACAGCAGUACGGUGUCCCUCGGUCCCAGUAUAAGGCGCUCGUUGAGGUUCUGAACCUUACUAGCAAUAAAGAGAUCAGCAAGCUCCCUAAAAGGGUUGAUACUGUGACAGUCUUGGGCUUUGCCCAGUCUGUGUGUUGUGGCCUUGCGGCCUAA